GACAGAGAAAGGCGCUGUCAGACUGCGCUCCACCUGGGGCUCGCCUGCCGCGGCUUUCCGCGCGCCCACACUUUCGGCGGUCGAGGGGACGCCCCGCCACAAUUCAGGCUGUCGUUCUCCCCGGGCCCGGGUUCGAGCGCCAUUAGCGCCGACGAGCGCCAGGAUCUUCACACGGAGCCCUCCGGAGUCCCGCCCGCUGGAUUCGAGGACCCGCUUGGAUGCUUCGCCUCCGAGCGCCCUCGGAAGAUGGGCCGGCAGCCACGCGCGUAAAGACACCUAAGGGUUACCAGUCUCCAAGACAGAACCGGAGGGCUGGGCCCGGGCUUUCGCCGCGGAGGAAAUGGCUUCCAGCCCGCUGCCGGGGCCCAACGACAUCCUGCUGGCAUCGCCGUCGAGCGCCUUCCAGCCCGACGCGCUGAGCCAGCCGCGGCCAGGCCACGCCAAUCUCAAACCCAACCAGGUGGGCCAGGUGAUCCUCUACGGCAUUCCCAUCGUGUCGUUGGUGAUCGACGGGCAGGAGCGCCUGUGUCUGGCACAGAUCUCCAACACUCUCCUCAAGAACUUCAGCUACAACGAGAUCCACAACCGUCGUGUGGCGCUGGGCAUCACGUGCGUGCAGUGUACGCCGGUGCAGCUGGAGAUCCUGCGGCGCGCCGGAGCCAUGCCUAUCUCAUCGCGCCGCUGCGGGAUGAUCACCAAGCGAGAAGCCGAGCGCUUGUGCAAGUCGUUCCUUGGCGAAAACAGGCCCCCCAAGCUGCCCGACAACUUCGCCUUCGACGUGUCUCACGAGUGCGCCUGGGGCUGCCGCGGUAGCUUCAUUCCCGCGCGCUACAACAGCUCCCGCGCCAAGUGCAUCAAAUGCAGCUACUGCAACAUGUACUUCUCACCCAACAAGUUCAUCUUCCACUCGCACCGUACGCCCGACGCCAAGUACACGCAGCCGGACGCAGCCAACUUCAACUCGUGGCGCCGUCAUCUCAAGCUCACUGACAAGAGUCCCCAGGACGAGCUAGUCUUCGCCUGGGAGGAUGUCAAGGCCAUGUUCAACGGCGGCAGCCGAAAGCGCGCGCUGCCCCAGCCGGGCGCACACCCCGCCUGCCACCCGCUCAGCUCCGUCAAGGCGGCCGCCGUGGCAGCGGCAGCUGCGGUGGCUGGAGGCGGGGGACUACUGGGUCCGCACCUGCUGGGGGCGCCCCCGCCCCCGCCGCCGCCUCCACCCCUGGCAGAGCUAGCUGGCGCGCCCCACGCCCAUCACAAGCGGCCGCGCUUCGACGACGACGACGACUCGCUGCAGGAGGCGGCCGUCGUGGCAGCAGCCAGUCUCUCGGCCGCCGCCGCCAGCCUCUCGGUAGCCGCGGCCUCUGGCGGCGCCGGGGCGGGAGGGGGCGGCGCCGGGGGCGGCUGCGUGACCAGCGUUGGCGCCGGCGCGGGCGCGGGCGCGGCGGCUGGCGCCAAAGGCCCGCGCAGCUACCCGGUCAUUCCGGUGCCCAGCAAGGGCUCUUUUGGGGGAGUGCUGCAGAAGUUCCCGGGCUGCGGGGGGCUCUUCCCGCAUCCCUACACCUUCCCGGCCGCAGCCGCCGCCUUCGGCUUGUGCCACAAGAAGGAGGACGCGGGCGCCGCGGCCGAGGCCCUGGGGGGCGCGGGCGGUGCGGGCGCAGCGCCGAAGGCCGGCCUGUCUGGCCUCUUCUGGCCCGCGGGCCGCAAGGACGCUUUCUACCCGCCCUUCUGCAUGUUCUGGCCUCCGCGGACCCCAGGCGGGCUUCCAGUGCCCACCUACCUACAGCCCCCGCCCCAGCCGCCUUCGGCGCUCGGCUGCGCGCUUGGAGAAAGCCCGGCCCUCCUGCGCCAGGCCUUCCUGGACCUGGCUGAGCCCGGCGGCGCGGGUGGGAGCGCAGACGCUGCGCCCCCGCCGGGUCAGCCCCCUCCGGUGGUAGCCAACGGCCCGGGCUCUGGCCCUCCGCCUCCUGCUGGGGGCACGGGCCCCCGCGACCCUCUCUUCGAGUCGCCCCCGGGCGGUAGCGGUGGGGACUGCAGCGCGGGCUCCACGCCGCCGGCCGACCCCGGCGCCGUGUCGGGUGCAGGCGCCGCGGCCACCGGAGCGGGCCCCGCGGGAGCCCGAGUGCCCGCACCCCACCAUCCGCACCUCUUGGAGGGCCGCAAGGCAGGCGGAGGCAGUUACCACCAUUCGAGCGCCUUCCGGCCGGUGGGCGGCAAGGACGACGCUGAGAGCCUGGCUAAGCUGCACGGGGCGUCAGCGGGAGCGCCACACUCGGCCCAAGCGCAUCACCACCACCACCAUCACCACCCGCACCACCACCACCACCAUCAUCCCCCGCAGCCGCCGUCGCCGUUGCUGCUACUGCCCCCGCAGCCCGACGAGCCGGGUUCUGAGCGCCACCACCCGGCCCCGCCGCCGCCUCCGCCCCCGCCGCCCCCGCUGGCCCUGCAGCCGCACCACCGAGGCCUUCUGUCCCCCGGGGGCACCAGCUGCAGCUACCCCAGCGAGGACAGCUCCGAGGACGAGGAUGACGAGGAAGAAGAGCAGGAGGUGGACGUAGAGGGCCACAAACCCCCCGAGGGCGAAGAAGAGGAGGAGGAAGGUCGAGACCCUGAGGAGGAGGAGGAGGAAGACGAGGAGACGGGAGUCCUGCUAGCUGACCCCUUAGUCGGGGGCGGCCGGUACCUCCAGGGCCGAGGGCUGUCAGAGAAGGGGAGCAGCCGGGACCGCGCUCCGGCCGCGCCGGGCGCUUUCCCACUCGCCCUGAACUCCUCCAGGCUGCUUCAGGAGGACGGGAAACUGGGUGACCCCGGCGGCUCAGACCUACCCCCGCCCCCGCCCCCGCCUCUGGCCUCCCAGAAAGCAAGCGGCGGCAGUAGCAGCAGCCCGGGCAGCCCCGUCCACCAUCCAUCACUGGAGGAGCAGCCCUCCUACAAAGAUAAUCAGAAAACUAAGGAAAAUAACCAAGUUAUUUUACCUACAAAGGACGACAGCAACUUUUCAGAUAAGAACAAGGAGCAUAGCUUUUUCAUCACAGACUCUGAUGCUUCCGGAGGAGAUUUUUGGAGAGAGAGAACAGGUGAACACACGCAAGAGACAAAUUCACCUCAUUCGCUCAAGAAGGAUGUUGAAAAUAUGGGGAAAGAAGAACUUCAGAAGGUUUUAUUUGAACAAAUAGAUUUACGGAGACGACUAGAACAAGAAUUCCAAGUGUUAAAAGGAAAUACGUCUUUCCCAGUAUUCAAUAAUUUUCAAGAUCAGAUGAAAAGGGAACUCGCCUACCGAGAAGAAAUGGUGCAACAGUUACAAAUUAUCCCCUAUGCCGCAAGCUUGAUCAGGAAAGAAAAGCUUGGUGCCCAUCUCAGCAAAAGCUAAAAGGUGCACAGAACCACUUACUCUUGUUCUCUUGUAAGAUACAGCCUGCCACUGAGCACUUCUGACCCACAUAAAGACUGCAAAUUGAAAGGGCUUGGGAAUCCAAUACAAAAUCAGGUUCGGGAGAACCCAAGGACAAGUGACCUCAAAGCAGCAUGGACAACCAUGGAAAAUCGACUGUAGUGGCCAUUCGUUAGUGGGGGGAG